AUAAGGGGACCGGAAGUGUACUAAUAUAUACUUGGCCCGCCGUGCCCGCCCCUUUUAUAGCAUGUAAGCUAAUAUUUGUUUGUUGUUGUUUUUCUUUAAAAACGUGGAACAUCGACACUAAAUGGACUCAAAGGGACCCGCUCUUUACGCACCGGCAGGCUCCUCAGUAGAUAUGUCACGAAGCACAGAGGAGGACUCUUUGGUGGACGGACCUCUGAUCUCUGCUGACGCCCUCCACUCUGCCAUCAGGAGAAACUUUCAGAGCGUACCAACACCCUGUCAUGCCGGCCUGUUGUCUCUGCUUCAUGUUGUGUACGUGGUGUUGUCAAUGUGUGUGGCAGUGUUCUGUGUGUUGGAGUUAGGCCAAAAGGAUGUGUGUACGCACAUUUUGGGUCCCGUGCGAGGCGACAGUGUCAUUGUGUUUGGGAAGGUGUGCCUGUGGGUGCUGGUGCUGUUGUUCACUGGGUGUGUGCAGCACCACCACAACCAGGCCAGGAGCAGAGGAUACCUGCGAUUCUACAGACAGACGCAGGGACUGAAGCACCUGCCGCUCACUGUACACUCUGCAGGAAAUGUUCUGCUGCUGGUUGUUCUGGCUGUACGAUUAUCUCCGACUGUGCAAACCUACAUGCUGCUCGGCGUCCUGGGGCUGGAGCUGUUGGUGGCAUUGCCUUGCCUGCUCUAUUACACAGUCCAGGUGAUGCGGUUCAACAGGGAGAAAGCUGCUCCAGACGUGAGCCAAGAAGAACAUUCACACAACUACAGUAUCACGAGCCUGCCGACGGAGACCGGCUUCAGAGAGGGCUCCAGUCUGGAGGAGGUGGUGGAGAAGCAGGCCGACCUGAUUGAGUACCUGAAACAGCACAACACCUUACUGAGCAAGAGGCUGCUCAACCUCACGGCUCAGCACUGACCACAGUCCGGCCUCCUCCUCCUCCUCCUCCUCCCUGUGAACCCGAUCAUUUUAACACUCGGCUCCUUGAACACAAAGGAGAGGGGGAUCUGUGGGUUUAAAAGAGAUGACGAGAAGCAAGAAGAAAACACUGGAUAAAAGACUAAAAGUAAGGAAAUCCCUGUGCACACAAGCACCUGUGCGCACAGACUGAAGACGGGAGGGCUUCUCCACGAAGCACCUGAGAUGGACAGAUAACGCAGGAGGAGGCGAGCUGUAUAUGGAGGACAGUUAAAGAGGCGAAGUGGGAGGAGGAGGAGGAGGAGGAGGAGGAGGAGGAGGAGGAGGAGGAGGAGGAGGAGGAGGAGAGGAGUCAUGGCUCACAGAUCAGAGGUGAGGGGUUUUUAUCGCUGUGUUCCGACCCCCGGUGACCCAUGUGUGCUGCCGCUUGUGUUACUGUGAGAGAAACGGAAGAGGCGAGAUUGUUUUAGAGAUCAUCUGCACUAAGGAGGAGCUGAAAGAGUAGAAGAUACAGGAGGGACGGAGGGGUUAUCACUAACCAGGGGCAAAGUAGAAAAGAAAAGAGAUAUUGUAACGCUGUAAAUGUCCGUGAGUGCUAUUUUAUCUGUCUGGAUGUGUAAAUGCUUUAUUUGGUUGCAGUUUUUUUUUCUAUUUGUUCAAUCAUUGAGUUUGUGUAUUUGUGAUCACGUAUCAAUAAAUAUGUAAUAUACACGUU